ACUUCCAGUGGAUGAAUUGUGAGCUUUAAAAUCUGCCACCCGGAAGCAAAAUACGACUUCCGGUGAAUGGAUUGAUGACGGCUAGAUUUUAUUAGCAACUGCGACUUGGGCUCAACUCGCUGAGAUUCGGAACUGACUCCAGGGGGGGUCUGUACUGCCCACAUUGAAAGUUCUACGACAUCAUCAUGGUCUUAGCGGAUCUGGGUCGCAAGAUCACCUCGGCGCUGAGGUCGCUCAGCAAUGCCACCAUCAUCAAUGAAGAGGUCCUCAACGCCAUGUUGAAGGAGGUGUGCGCCGCCCUGCUGGAGGCCGACGUCAACAUCAAGCUGGUCAAGCAGCUGAGGGAGAACGUCAAGGCAGCCAUAGACCUGGAGGAGAUGGCGUCGGGUCUGAACAAGAGGAGGAUGAUCCAGCACUCCGUCUUCAAGGAGCUGGUCAAGCUGGUGGAUCCCGGCGUGAAGGCGUGGACCCCCGUCAAAGGAAAGAACAACGUCAUCAUGUUUGUGGGUCUGCAGGGCAGCGGCAAAACCACCACCUGCUCCAAGCUGGCCUACUACUACCAGAGAAAAGGCUGGAAGACCUGCUUGAUCUGCGCUGACACCUUCAGAGCAGGUGCCUUUGAUCAGCUCAAACAGAACGCCACCAAAGCCAGGAUCCCGUUCUAUGGCAGUUACACGGAGAUGGACCCAGUGGUGAUUGCAGCAGAGGGGGUGGAGAAAUUCAAAGGAGAGAACUUUGAAAUCAUCAUCGUGGACACAAGUGGGAGACACAAACAGGAAGACUCUCUGUUUGAAGAGAUGUUGCAAGUGUCCAAUGCUGUGCAACCAGACAACAUCGUCUACGUGAUGGACGCCUCCAUCGGUCAGGCCUGUGAAUCGCAGGCCAAAGCCUUCAAAGACAAAGUGGACGUGGCGUCGGUCAUCAUCACCAAGCUAGACGGCCACGCCAAAGGAGGCGGAGCUUUGAGCGCGGUGGCGGCGACCAGGAGUCCAAUCAUCUUCAUCGGAACAGGCGAGCACAUCGAUGACUUCGAGCCCUUCAAGACGCAGCCCUUCAUCAGUAAACUUCUUGGUAUGGGCGACAUCGAGGGCUUGAUCGACCGAGUCAACGAGCUCAAGUUGGACGACAACGAGGAGCUGAUUGACAAGUUGAAACAUGGACAGUUCACACUGAGAGACAUGUAUGAACAGUUCCAGAACAUCAUGAAGAUGGGACCUUUUGGACAAAUAAUGGGAAUGAUUCCAGGCUUUGGAACAGACUUUAUGAGUAAAGGAAAUGAGCAAGAAUCAAUGGCCAGACUAAAAAAACUCAUGACUAUCAUGGACAGCAUGAAUGACCAAGAGUUGGACAGUAAGGACGGGGCCAAGUUGUUCAGCAAGCAGCCCAACAGAAUCCAGCGUGUGUCACGAGGAGCGGGCGUGGCCACUCGAGAUGUCCAAGAACUUUUGACCCAGUACACCAAGUUUGCUCAGAUGGUGAAGAAGAUGGGCGGGAUCAAAGGCCUCUUCAAAGGAGGAGACAUGUCCAAGAACGUCAACCCGUCUCAGAUGGCCAAACUCAACCAGCAGAUGGCCAAGAUGAUGGACCCGCGGGUGCUGCACCACAUGGGUGGCAUGGCGGGACUUCAGUCUAUGAUGCGGCAGUUCCAGCAGGGGGCAGCAGGGAACAUGAAAGGCAUGAUGGGAUUCAACAAUAUGUGACUUUUUUUUUCUCUCUCCUGAUUGGAGCACACACCAAAUAAAACUUUGUAACUCUA